AGGAGAUGGUCAGAGACUGAGGACCUACUACAGGAGAUGGUCAGAGACUGAGGACCUACUACAGGAGAUGGUCAGAGACUGAGACCCUACUACAGGAGAUGGGCAGAGACUGAGGACCUACUACAGGAGAUGGUCAGAGACUGAGGACCUACUACAGGAGAUGGUCAGAGACUGCGGACCUACUACAAGAGAUGGUCAGAGACUGCGGACCUACUACAAGAGAUGGUCAGAGACUGCGGACCUACUACAAGAGAUGGUCAGAGACUGCAGGCAUACUACAGGAGAUGGUCAGAGACAGAAGGCAUACUACAGGAGAUGGUCAGAG